AGCACAGUUUACAGAGGUGCAUGCAGCACAGUUUACAAGGGUGGAUGCAGCACAAUUUACAGAGGUGCAUGCAGCACAGUUUACAGAGGAACAUGCAGCACUGUUGACAGAGGUACAUUCAGCACAGUUUACAAGGGUGGAUGCAGCACAGUUUACAGAGGUGCAUGCAGCACAGUUUACAGAGGUGCAUGCAGCACAGUUUACAGAGGUGCAUGCAGCACAGUUUACAGAGGUGCAUUCAGCACAGUUUACAAGGGUGGAUGCAGCACAGUUUACAAAGGUGCAUUCAGCACAGUUUACAGAGGUGCAUUCAGCACAGUGUACAGGGCGAUGUGCAGCACAGUUUUCAGAAGAGUGUGCAGCACAGUUUGUCAGUGGUACAUGCAGCACAGUUUGCCAUCGGUAUGUUCAGCACAGUUUGACAUUGAUACGUGCAGCAGAAUUUGCCAUUGGUAUGUGUAGCACAGUUUGCCACCGGUACGUGCAUCACAGUUUGUCACCAUUAUGUGCAGCACAGUUUGCAGAGGUCUAUGCAUCACAGUUUAUCACCGUUAUGUGCAACACAGUUUGUCACCGUUACGUGCAGCACAGUUUGCAUGGGUGCGUGCAGUACAGUUUGCAGAGGUGUGUGCAUCACAGUUUAUCACCGUUAUGUGCAACACAGUUUGUCACCGUUACGUGCAGCACAGUUUGCAGGGGUGUGUGCAGUACAGUUUGUCACCGUUACGUGCAGCACAGUUUGCAGGGGUGUGUGCAGUACAGUUUGUCACCGUUACGUGCAGCACAGCUUGCACAGGUGUGUGCAGCACAGUUUGACACCAGUACAUGUAGCACAGUUUGUCACCGUUCCGUGCAGCACAGUUUGUCACUGUUACAUGCAGCACAGUUGGAAGGGGAGUGUGCAGCAGUUUGCAGAGGUGCGUGCAGCACAGUUUUUCACCGUUAAGUGCAGCACAGUUCGUCACCAUUACAUACAGCACAGUUUGCAGAGGUGCGUGCAGCACAGUUUGCCAUUGGUACAUGCAGCACCUGUUUGCCAUUGGUGUGUGCAGCACAGUUUGCCAUUGGUGCGUGCAGCACAGUUUGCCACUGGUACGUGCAGCACAGUUUGCCACUGGUAUGUGCAGCACAGUUUGUCACCGUUCUGUGCAGCACAGCUUACAGAGGUACUUGCAUUACAGUUUGUCACCAUUAUGUGCAGCACAGUUUGCAGAGGUGCGUGCAGCACAGUUUGCCAUUGGUACGUGCAUUACAGUUUGUCACUGGUGCGUGCAGCACAGUUUGCCACCGGUACGUGCAGCACAGUUUGCCACCAGUACGUGCAGCACAGUUUGUCACCGUGCUGUGCAGCACAGUUUACAGAGGUACGUGCAUCACAGUUUGUCACCAUUACGUGCAGCACAGUUUGUCACCGUUACAUGCAGCACAGUUUGUCACUAUUACAUACAGCACAGUUUGCAGAGGUGCAUGCAGCACAAUUUGCAGAAGUGCAUGCAGCACAGUUUGUCACUGGUACAUGCAGCACAGUUUGCCAUUGGUAUGUGCAGCAGUUUGCCACCAGUAUGUGCAGCACAGUUUGUACAUGCAGCACAGUUUGCAGAGGUCCAUGCAGCACAGUUUUCCACCGGUGCAUGCAGCACAAUUUGCAGAGGUGCGUGCAGCACAAGUAGCCACCGGUACGUGCAGCACAGGUUGCCACCGGUACAUGCAGCACAGUUGCCACCGGUAUGUGCAGCACAGUUUGCCACCGGUACGUGCAGCACAGUUUUUCACCGUUCUGUGCGGCACAGUUUACAGAGGUACUUGCAUUACAGUUUGUCACCAUUAUGUGCAGCACAGUUUGCAGAGGUGCGUGCAGCACAGUUUGCCAUCGGUAUGUGCAGAACAGUUUGCCACCGGUAUGUGCAGCACAGUUUGCAGAGGUCCAUGCAGCACAGUUUGUCACUGGUGCAUGCAGCACAGUUUGUCACUGGUAUGUCCAGCACAGUUUGUCACAGUUACGUGCAGCACAGUUCGCCAUUGGUAUGUGCAGAACAGUUUGCCACCGGUAUGUGCAGCACAGUUUGCAGAGGUACAUGCAUCACAGUUUGUCACCAUUAUGUGCAGCACAGUUUGCAGAGGUCCAUGCAGCACAGUUUGCCACCGGUGCAUGCAGCACAGUUUGUCACUGUUCCGUGCAACACAGUUUAUGGUGGUACGUGCAUCACAGUUGAUCACCAUUAUGUGCAACACAGUUUAUGGUGGUACGUGCAUCACAGUUGAUCACCAUUAUGUGCAGCACAGUUUGCAGAGGUCCGUGCAGCACAGUUUGUCACCGUUCUGUACAGCACAGUUUAUAGAGGUAUGUGCAGCACAGUUUAUAGAGGUAUGUGCAGCACAGUUUGUCACCGUUACGUACAGCACAGUUUGAAGGGGAGUGUGCAGCAGUUUGCAGAGGUGCGUGCAGCACAGUUUGUCAUCGUUAAGUGCAGCACAGUUCGUCACCAUUACAUACAGCACAGUUUGCAGAAGUGCAUGCAGCACAGUUUGCAGAGGUGCGUGCAGCACAGUUUGUCACUGGUAUGUGCAGCACGGUUUGCCAUUGGUGCAUGUAGCACAGUUUGCCACCGGUACGUGCAGCACAGUUUGCAUGGAUUAAAGCAAAAAAAAAUCAUCUGACUGAAAAAAAAAGCUCCAUGUCGUUGGCCCCUACCACGUCAGCGAUGCGGCAAAUUUUAAACGCCAUGUUGUCCAUUAUCCCCUCGGCCCCUACUUAUAGUACAUUUACAUAAUUUUAACAAUGACUAAAGCUAAGGCAAGACUUUACCAUUGUCAUUACUGGCUAUUCAUGAUGAAACAUCAAGUUUUCAGCACAAAGUGCAAAUUUAUUUCAACAAUACUUUAGUAAUGCACAACAGUGGUUCAGAGAAAAGUGCAAGUGCAGUCGAACUUGAACCAUGCUUUCAAAAGAGUGGAACAGAAAGAAAAAUUAGAAAAUCUGUUGACAUAAAACCAGGAAACAAGAAAAGUAAAGUGAAAGUUCACUUUUUCUGCUUCUUCGCAGUGAAGCCAAAGGUAUCUAGUUUGGCAACACCUGAUGCCUGUUUUUGUUUCUUUUUCCUUGGCACAGCAGCAGGAGCUUGCCAUUAUCGCCCAUUUCAUUUAGCCAAGCCCAUCUCCACUUAUUCUUUACCGUUUUGUCGAUGUCUGACACAUCUGUGCCUUCAUUUAAAAGAAGCGCGUCCAUGCUGGCAAAACCGAAAGUAAUUUGACGCGCUCUAGUGAUGGAAAUCGAAGGGCCUGUGUCUGGUGGCCUUAUACGCAGUACUCGAGUUGAGGGGGGAUGUGGGGGGAGGCAUCCCCCUUCUGAAAUAAAAAUCUCAAAUCAUCCCCCUUAUAAAACGGCUAUCCCCCCAUCACAUCCCUUGCGCCAUUUUACCGAUUAAUGUGGAAAUUAGCCUACUAUUAUUUUAACAAAUAUUACUACCAUUUCAACAUUAGAGGCUUUGCGCAGUGAUAGCCUACAUGUAGCCGGAUAAAAAAGAUGCAUAUUUAUUCGGUUGCAUCUCUCAUUCACACCUAUACGGAGGUUUCAGUCACUGAAAACAGCUACUUUCGCAAACUCUGGGCAGAGUGGAGAUUUCUGAAAACUCCAUCUUCAGACACGCGUGUAAAUCGGGAAACCGAAGCAGCAGUGGGCGAGAGGGCGCGCGCGAAUAUAAUGAGUCAGAGGUGUGAAUCUUUCACCGAAUGCCAACUGUCCCGGUUCUUCAUGAAAUCACAUGCACAAAUUCAUUCGGUUAACUUUCAAAUAACUGUUCUUGUGCACUUGCGACACCGGAGCCACUUUCCUGAAUUUUGAGCUUCGGAGUAUUCGCUUCUUUAUCUAUUUAAUCAAUUAAUUUGUCACAUACAUUAAAUUACUAAUGUAAACCAUUAGUAGCCUAUUUAAGCAAUCGCUGUUUUCUCCACUGUUUUCCGACCUUUUGUGCUGAGUGAAUGAGACACUUCAUUACACUCCACUGACCGACUUCCAAUUCCGGACUUUUUUGAAAAUGUAAAAUAUAGGCCUACGAGAUGUUUUUUGGGACUUAAUUCGCGUUGCUCCUUCACUAUUAAUUUUUGAGACUGACGAGGCACUAAAUACUAUGAAAUUAUUUUCUCCUUACUGUGAAGUUUGGCAUCUUAAACAAGUGUCGGGAAAUCUUGCAGCCCGACUCCGCAGCCUCCAAUGUUUAAGCGAACUGCUGAAACCAUAAUGUUUAAAGAUUAAAUCGUAGGCUAAUCAAACCAAAGAGAAACACAGCCUUUCCAGAACAUUGUCUGACGAAGCCUGUUUAACCUACAAAAGGCUUAAUAGCAUAGAUCUUGCUGCGGCUUCAACAGGGCUGUUUAGAUUUUUCACCUGAUCGCCUUUCAAUAGGCAAAUAUUAUUAUUAUUAUUAUUAUUAUUAUUAUUAUUAUUAUUAUUAUUACUACUACUACUACAACAGGCCUAGUAUUAGUAGUAGGCAAGUAUUUGCCUAGUAGUAGGACAGCCAGAUUGUUUCAUCAGUGGAGAUGCCGUUAAAAGGAAACUGAUGCGGAGCGCCGCGGCUCGCCUCGGGGUGAAUUGCGUCCCGAGGCGCGGGGCUGGCCUGCCCUGGCAGCGCUGGUUCGUUGGGGAGAGGGCAGAGGUCGCUGGCUGCCAAGUUUGGAGAGGCUGGGACCUCCCCUGGCCGAGUUACGAGCGUCCAAAGUCGGGCUGGAGCCACUGAUAGAAACGAAACUCAAGCCGAGCACCGCAGCUCGCUGCCUACGCCGAGCCUCCCCGGGACUAGACAGUAGCGGAGGCUGUAUUUAUUUAUUUAUGCCUAUCUAGCGCAACAACUUAUUCCUUUAUAUAUACUCAAACACAGCACAAGAAAGGGUUCAACAACAGGCAAUCACAGCAGCUUGGUGAAGUUCUAAAUCACAUCGGUGUCAGACCUAUGGGCCCUAACCCCCCCCCCCCCUUUUUUUUUCCUCGGAUCUGCAUCACUCUCAUUAUUGACCUUUAGCGCUCCCAGUUGACGGAAAUCCGUCAUAGCGAUGGAAAACUUUAAUCCAUGAGUUUGUCACUGUUCUGUGCAACACAGUUUAUGGAGGUACGCGCAUCACAGUUGGUCACCAUUAUGUGCAGCACAGUUUGCAGAGGCCUGUGCAGCACAGUUACUCACUAUUAUGUGCAGCACAGUUUCCAGAGAUAUGUGUAGCACAGUUAGUCCCACUUAACCAGAAUAUACAUAUUUAAGACAGAUUAAAGAUGUACUAUUAUCAAACAAUUAAAUACCUUUGCCUAAAGAUUAGACAGUUAUGUUCAGGUAAAGAUUCGCACAACACUGAUUAGCGUGACACAGAUAUUUUAUGCACCUCAACAUCAACUCUUCAAUCACAGGUAUAGGCAAGCACAGUGUGUGUCCACACCAGUCCAUCCUAACGUUUGUGCACUUUUUCUUCUCUUUUUUGUUUUUUUUCUAUAUGUCUUCCAUGCAUGGACCAACCACCACCACCAUCAACAUCACUUCCUCUUCUUAUUCACCCUCCCACCCACACACACUCCCUCCCUAAUUAAUGCAUGCCCCACCCCCUCCCCCUGGCUAUGUGUUCUGUGUGUGUUUGCGCGUGCACUGCAUGGCCCGGCCCAUGACCUUUGACCACUGA